AUGCCCGCGCCGACGUCACUCUCCAUCCAGGUGCACCCGAGCCUCAAGACCGUGUACGUGCGCAUGAAGGACCGGUCGGGCACCGUCGCCAUCGACAUGACGCCGGCGCUCGCGUCCCCCAAGGCGCUGAUCACGCGCUUCCACGAGCUGGCGUUCGGCAAGUCGUUCGCGGCCUUCGCGGCCAACUCGAGCCUGCUCUCGCGGCGGCGCAACCAGGAGACGCUGGUCUCGAGCCUCGCGGACCUGCAGGACGGCGAGGUGCUCGUGUACAAGCCGUGCGAGGAGCUGCGCACGCUCGUGGAGCAGGGCUGCAUCACGCCCGUGCUGGCCACGCACUCGCCCGUCGAGGUGAGUCCGUCCUCUUCGCCGCUCGGCCUCAAGCGCAAGGGCCGCGCCAAGUCCGUGACCAACAACGUCGAGCGCGUGCACCGCUACGCCUCGGACCUGGCCAAGAUGGACGUGUCCCCCCGGGAGCGCGAGCUGAUUGAAGACAUGCUCAUCGUGGGCGACGAGCAGGUUGUGGACGCCAUGGAGCAGUUCGUCGUGCACCGCAACCCGGCGCUCGUGCGCCGCGUGCUGCGCGGGCCCGUGGCCAAGAAGAAGAACGCCGCGCUGGACACGCUGUCCAUGGACUUCUCCUCCAUGGACAUGGACUCGCCCGCCGUGCCCACGUCCGAGUUCAGCGACCCGUUCCUCAUGGGCCCGAACCCCUUCGUGCGCGCCGCCACGCAGAGACCGUCGAUGAUGAGCAUUGACGACAGCUUCGACGUGGCAGCGUCGACGACCUCGGCGCCAUCGGACGGCGGCCGACCCUCGCUGCUGUUCGACGGAGACGCGCUGUCCAACCCGCCCAUUUUCCUGCAGUCUAUUAAGGAGAAGGUGACGCCGCCCGCCGGCCAGGGCCGGAUGUCGCUGUCGCUGUCGAACGACCUGGACCCGAGUGUGAACGCGCAAGCUCCGACGCAGCUCUUCUCGAUUGAGAAGCUGCUGGAUAACGUGCCCGUCGCGCGCGACUUCCACGACAAGUAUAACGUGGGCGCCGUGCUCGGAUCGGGCAAGUACUCGGUGGUGAAGCGGUGUUCCAAGAAGGAGACGGGUGAGCAGUUCGCCGUCAAGAUCAUCGACAAGCGGCAGAUGAUUGAGGUGCGAUUCCUCAAGCGAGAGCUGGAGAUUAUGUAUGGACUGCGCCACGACGGCGUCGUGCGGCUCGUGGAGCUGUUCGAGAGCAACGAGAGCCUGUUCCUGGUCAUGGAGCUGUGCGGCCAGGAGCUUUUCGAGUUUAUUGACCGGAACGGGCCGCUGCCCGAGUCCACUACCCGCCCGCUUAUCCGUAAGCUGGUGCGUACCGUCGCGUACCUGCACGCUCAGUGCAUCGUGCACCGCGACAUCAAGCCGGAGAACAUCCUGCUACCCCCCAACAGCCAAGAUGUGAGCGACAUCAAGCUCUCGGACUUCGGCAUCGCGCGUAAACUGGACGGCCACGGCCACGAUAACGUGCUGACGCCUCACGAGAGCCUCUCGGAGGUGGCCAACCUCCACGACGCGCCUUCCACCAACGCCUCGGGCUUGCCGUCGGCGACCGAUAUGGUGCGCAACCGCAUGGCACGAGCACACACCAAGUGCGGCACGCGUGACUACAUCGCGCCGGAAGUUAUGAGCGGCAAGGGCUACGGCACGGAGGCCGACCUGUGGAGCGUGGGCGUGGUGACGUACGUGCUGGCCAGUGGCUGCGCGCCCGUGUUCCUGCCCACCGCCGAGGGCGUCAAGAAGGUGUUUUUCUCGGACGAGGCCUGGAGCGGCGCGUCCGAGGACCUCAAGCGCUUCAUCGAGGCGUUGCUCGUGCGAAACCCGGAGAAGCGUAUCACGGCCGCUGAUGCGUUGGAACAUCCGUGGCUGAAGGAGUAG